AUGGCACAUGAAUCACAAGAGGCGGAUGACAAAAUGUGGCCUCCCCAUGUAGAACAUAUUUUCAUUGAGAUCAUGUUGGAGGAACAACUUAAGGGUAACAUGGAGAACGGUAUGUUCAAGGGUCCUAUGUGGUCAUCAAUUACAAUCGAACUUAACCAAAGGACCGGGAAAAACUUUCCCUCUAAGAAAGUUGUUCAGAAGCACAAUAGGCUCCGACUCAAACAACGCAAGUGGAGUCAGUUGCUAAGACACACAAGGUUGGGGUGGGACGAGCAAACCCAAACAGUGACUGGUCUUGACGAGGUGUGGGUGAAUGUGAUUGCGGGCAAUCGUCAGGCAGCUAACUUAAGGAAACAGGGAUGCCCAGACUAUGACAAGCUGCAACAGUUGUUCGCCCCUAGUACUGCGACUGGGAACCUACAGAUCUCCUCAAACACUCCUCCCUUAACUAGUGAUGAGGAGCGUGCCCUAGAGGAAGAGCUUGCCAAUGCCAAUGCCAAUGCCAAUGCAAAUGCACCCACCCAUCUAGAUGAUGACUGUUACACCCCUAACUUUGAGAGUUUCUCGCAAACUGUGGAGGAUGCUGAGGUUGAAGAGGUAACCCAACGGGCGGGAAAACGUCCUGUGCAAGAUGCAAGUGGCAAGGGUAAGAAGGUCUCGAAUAAAGCGGAUAGGGUAAGUGACAUGACUGUGGUCCUAAAGGAGUACACCGUAAUGACGAAGGAGAGGUAUAGGUGUAAACUCGGUAGGUCUAGCGGUACAUUCGACCAAUUCGCUCAAUCCAGUGUUGGGGGUGAUCCUUGUUCACUUGGCAAGGCAAUUGAGCUGCUGAAUAAGUAUGAGGAUCUGAAUAACAAGGCCUAUGUCAAGAUCUCAAAGGCUUUGCAACAAAAGGAUAAUAGGGUGGUGUUUAUGGGUAUGCCGGAGCGUAGGAGGAAGACUUGGAUAAAGGACAUUCUAAACCCGAAGGAGGAUUGA